AUGGGAUCAUUUUACCCGCUGAUACUCCUUGUUACGCUCGUCCAGUUGUCAAUUGUCACCGGGAUCAACAGGCCCGACAUCGGCCCAGUGAAACAACACCUUUGCCCAACACUCGGCACCUCGGCCUAUAUUCUCGUCACCCUCACCCCCGAUAUCGACAUCUCGGCGUUUGUCGGGUUGUUGAAAGGGUAUUCGGCGUUAACCCAACGCAUCAACACCAAGUACCAAUUCAUCUUUGGCGCGUCAAAAGCUGCAGAAUUCUACACGGAUGAUUUGCUGCAGACUAUUGACGAAUGGGUGGCCAAACCCGAGCUCCUCGCCCAAUACUACAAUCAAUCGCUGACCAACAGUACUGCCGAUGUCCAGCAGCCAUUGGAGGCCGAGAAUACGCUAUCGGCCACCGUGAGCAAGAAGAAACUGGUCGUGCUCAUCUGUGAUUACGUUCAUUGGAAUGCUACGCAACUGUUGAAUCAGGCUAUUAUUGUGCCAAACACCAAAAUCUAUGGUCUCUCACACGAUAUGGACCUCUCCUUGCUGCGUUCCGUAGCGGCUUUCAGCGUCUUCUCCUCAAUCCAAGACCCAGCCACGCUGAAUCCGAUUUUUACUGCUGACGCCGACUUUCAUUUCCCCGAAUCGCUACAACAAGAAAUCCGUGCCUCGAAUGGAAUCUUUGUGGUGGAUCAUAAAUACCUCGGUCGGGCUAGACGGAUAUUUUUGGAUACGGUAAGCGGUGAACAGUGUCACCCUGGGAAAGGGCGGAUGAACGACCGGUUUAUGACCGUCAGAUUCGCGGGGGAUAGCAACGAUACAGCUAGAGAGAUGGAUCUCCCCUGGAUCGGGAACCUGACCGCGGAUUUUGGGCAACAUUGCUUCGAUCGAUUCGAGAAUCAAACGGUGGUCCCCUCCAGCGAAUCCGGUCUUCUGAUCAUUGAAGAUUUCCUAACAGCCCUUGUCCCUCCCCCGAACGUCACGUUCACGUUCGCCUCGCUGCUGUUGGGCAACGACUUCGGGCUGGUCGAGCAUUUGCAGAAACGGAUUGAGCAGCUCGAGACUACGACCCCAUUUCACAUCUGGGCCGACGGGGAGCCGGACUCGAUUUAUACAAAUGUAACGGUGGAAUUGAUGGAGGCGCUGAGCAGCGACUGGGAUCAUCUAAUCUUGCCCUAUACCUUUUAUGACAAUCGUACGGACCAGGCCACCGUAUGCCGGGAUGUUAUUCCGCAAGUGAGGAUGCUGGCGUCCAAGCCCUACCACAAGCCGAAGCACUUCUACCUGGCUGUUGAGGAUAUCAUCUGGAUGACGGUCUGUGCGGCCGGCUCCGCAAUCAUCGUCGGAUAUCUGAUCUACCGGAAAGCCUACAGACUCUACCAGGAGCAGCUGGACGUGAUGGGCGAGAUCGCAAUGCAGCCGUUGCAAUACAGACCCAAGAACGAGAACGUGCGAAUGGCUCGACUGCCGUGGGAGAUCAAGGCGGAUCGGGUGCACAUUGACCGGGAAUGUCUGCUAGGCGAGGGCACACAUUCGGAUGUGUAUUUGGGCCGUCUAAAGGGGAAGGCACCGAUUAUGCAGUGGAUGGAACGGGUGGAAAUGAGGCAAUACCAGGAUUGCGCUGUGGCGGUUCGGGUGCCACGCCAGUUCGACGAGGCCGAGGAGGAGCAGCUAUUUCGGGAGGUCGCUUCGAUGCGACGCCUCCGUAGUCAUGCUCACAUUGCGUUGUUUCUCGGAUGGUCGUCCAUUGAUAAUCUUGUCUGCUCGUUGAUCGAGUUGACGCAUACAAGUUUUCGGAAAUAUUUGCAGCAGCUGGAGGAGAGUUCUGACUCUUCAUCGACCAGAGGUCCGCCCCGGCUACCUUUCAAACAGCUUUUCCAGAUCAUAUGGCAAGUCUGCGAUGGGAUGGCGUACAUCCAUCAGCGGCAUCUGAUACAUCGUGACUUGGCUGCUAGAAAUAUUCUGCUCACUUCCGAGUUGAGGCCGAAG